AUGCCACCCCCCACCCGAUUCCGUCCCCCCCGAUUAUUACCCCUCCGCCCGCCCCACCCCCCCCCCCCCCCACGACCCCCCGCGGGCCGUCGCCCCCCCCGGGACGACACACGAGCCCGAUCGAGUCCCCCCCGAUCCCCCCGAACCGCCCGCUCCCCACCUCCGCGCACCCCGACCGCCCGCCCCGAUUCCCGCCCGGCCGACCCGCCGCCACCUUCACGUCCGACCCCCGAUCCCCGACCCCCCCCACGAUCCUCCACCCGAUCCCGCGCCAUCGACCGACACCGCCCCCCCGACGCUACCAGUCACAGCACGACCACCGAGCCCGCACCCCGGCCGCCCCGCCCCGGCCCGCCCGCUAGACCGCCGCCCCCACGACCCCAGUCUCCCCCCCCCUCCCCGCCGAUAGUUACCCCGCCCCCCUCCCCGCCCCCCACCAACGCGACCCAGCCCCACCUGACCGAGGCCCGACUCCGCCGCCCGCCCGGCAGCCCCCCCCGAUUCCCACACCAAAGACGGCCCGCCAUCCCCGCGCCCCCUAGGGCACGGUGCCCCAGUUCCCGCCCCCCACGACCCCCGGCUCUAUCGCCGCCCGACCCACCCCGAUCCUGCGCAGAACCCCACCCGGCCCUGACCGCCACCGCACCCGAUUCCCGACCGCCGACGAGGCGCCGCGACCGCCGCCUAGCCCGUCCGCCCACGAACCGCCCGACCCCGCUCAUCCACGCUGCACGUUUCCAACCGACCGAUCCCCGCGCCCGCCCCCCCGCCCUCCACACCCCGGUUUACCCCCGCCGCCCGCCCGCCGCCCCCCCCCGAUCCGACCCCCCGGACGAUCCCCCGUCCCCCAGUUUCCACGGCCCACCGCCCGGCCCCACGGGCCGCCCCACACCCCGCUGCACCCGCGUACGCCCCCGCCGCCCCGCCGCGGCCCCCCCUCGUGUCCCGCGCCCCCCCCGAGCCACCCCUGCACGACGAGUCAUAUCGGAGUUCACCCAGCGGCACAAUCACCGACGCCCCGCCCUCCGCCCAGCUUCCGACGCGUUGUCCGAUUGCCCCCCCAGUCCAAGUUCCUCAGUGCGCGCAGUCGCCCCCUUCCCGGAGCCAGUAGUCCCCCCCGGCCGCUCCCCCGACCGGCUCGAUCCGCCGCCGACCCCGCCCGGACGCCGAUCACCCGCCACGACCCGACCGCCACCAUCAACCCCCUCCCGUCGCCCCCCCCCCCGUCCUGUUCCUCCCGCCCCGCCCCCCCCCUCGCCACCCAGUCACGCCCUCGAUCUUAGCCGUGACCGACAAGCGCGCGCACCGGACCCGCCGCCCACCCCCGCCCCCGCCCGCGGCCGCCGCCCAACGCCCCUCGAUUCAGUUCCCCGCCGCGCCGCCACUCCUCCCCCGCGAUCCGCCCCGACCGUCCCGCUCAGUAGAGGUGUUUCCUCACCCUUCCCCCGCGCCCGAGCCCCCGACCCCGAAUCCCCGCCCCCCGACCCACACCCCCACCGCCCACCACCCCCCCCGCGCACGCCCGCUCCGACCCGCCCCCACCACCCCAACCGCCCGACCCCCGCCACCCAUAUAUAUAGAUACACCCGCCCGGCCCCCCUCCCCGCCCCCCGCGCCGCGCCCCCGGAUCCCGUACGAACACCGCCACCGACACGUUAUAACCCCCCACCCCACCGCCGUCCGUCCCCCCCCGCCCCCCCGCACGGCCCCCUCCCACGCCCGAGUCUACCCCCUGGCCCGAUCCGCCACGCCCCCCCGAUCCCGCCGCCCGAUUCUGCCGAUGCUCGGGCCCCGCCCGCACACGAGCCCCCACACGCCGUUACACCGAUCCCGUCCCCUACCCCGCCGCGACCCACCCCCACGACCUCCCCCCUCGACAACGAGCCGUCCCCUCCCCGACCCCGCCCACCCGAUUUUCCGCCACCCCCCCGGCCGAACGCUCCCAGACCUGACGCCCCGGAGCCCACCGACCAGCCCCCGCCUGCCCCCCGAUCCGCCCCACCGCAGUUUGCCGCGGGCCCGACCUACGUAGGCCGACCGCCCUCCCUCCCCGAACCCGCCCCGCCCCGCCUGACCCCCGCCGCCGUACACCCUCACCUCGAACGCCACCCUGCCCCGACUACCGACAGUCCCACCCGACGCCCCCCCCCGAUACCGAUCGCACGACCGCUCCGCUACCCCCCCGCCCCCGCCGCCGCCCGAUACACGCCUCGGCCCCCAGUUCCCCGCCCACCGCCCCCCUCCGAUCCCCAACCGCGCCCGCCCCCCCGACCCCCCCGCCCCCGACCCCCGUUUCAGCCGCCUGGAACCCAACCCCGAUGUCGCGCCCGAGACCCCCCGGCCGCUUUCCCGGCAGUGCCCUCGAAACCGCCGCGCCCCGACCCGCCCGCCCACCCGCCACCCGACCCCAUAUCCCCCCCGUCGGCCGCAUCGCACACCGCGAUCCCCCGACCGCUCCGCUUACCCGCCUCCCCCUCCACCGUACCCGCCCCGACCCGCCCGAUCCCCCCCCGCGAUCACCCCCCCGCCCGCCCGCCGCGCGUCCCUCCACGCCCCCCCGCCACCGCUGGCCGCCGUCCCACCCCCGCUAGCUGGCCCUCCCGAACUCGGCCCUCCCGAUCAAGCCUCACCCACCCCCAUCCCUCUGCACGCGCGAUUCCGCCGGGUCCCGAUACCUCCUGCCACCCAGCACCAGUGCGUGUACCGACCGGCCCCCCGACGCUCGCACCCCGACGCCUACCGAACCCGCUCCCGAUUCCCGCCGCCGUCCCCGAUCCGCCCCGAGUCACGUGUCCCUCCGACGACCCCGCCACGCCCCCACCCCACUCACCACGCAGUUUAAAAGGUCGCCCCCCUACCCCGCCCCCAGCCCCCCCCGAAGCCGACCCGCCCCGACCGCAGCCGCGGAGAGUUAGGUCCCCUCCGGACCCCCGAUUUCCGCCGCCCCACGAGCGCUCCCGCCCCGCCCCGCCCGGCCGAUUGCCCCGCGUCCGCGCUCGACGUCGCCCCCCAACCCCCCCGCCGCCCCCCACAGGCCGGCCCCCCGAUCCGAAGCCGCCACCCCACGAACCCCGAUCCCCACCCCCGCCCGUCCCCAGUUACGAUUCCGCGUCACCGGUCCGGCCGCCCCCGCCCCGAGUUUUCCGCCGUCAUCGUCCCCCCCCGACCGCCGCCACCGCCCGCCCCUACAGCCACCCACACCCGAUCCAUCCAGUUCCCCACCGGCCCCUCAGGAGGCGCACAACCCUGCCCACGCCCCUCCCGCCACCUACCCCUCUCAGUGCACACCCCUCCUCGUUCCGCCCGCCCGCCCCACCCGAUUCCGCCCGCCCGCGCCCCCCCGAUACAAACGCACCCGCCCGCCCCUCUCCCCUCCCCGAAUGCCGCCACCACCCUCGGCAAGAGUGA